AUGUAUGCGGAAGACCAGUUGCGAGCGCGCGAAUUUGUGGAACUUCAUGAUCAAGUUCAGACUAGCGUCAAUCUACUGGACUCGUUGGAGACUUUCCUAUCAACGUUCCAGAAGGACCUUUCUGCUGUUUCCGGCCAAAUAUCCAACCUGCAGGACAGAAGCAAGGACAUUGACAACCGACUGAAGAGCCGGAGGAGGAUAGAGAAACCCCUCGCCAACCUCGUCGUCGAUCUCUGUAUACCCCCGGCGCUGGCGACGCUCAUACUAGAUACCUGUGUCGGCGAAGACUGGAUACCUGCCAUCGUCGAGUUUGAGCGGAGGCUGGACACUCUCAAGCUCAGAGUUCGCGUCAAGGCUGCGCGAGACUUGUCAGAGGUUGCGGAGGGCCUGCGGAUAGUGGCCGCCACCAAACUGCGAACUUUCUUCCUGGCGCUGCUAGAACCUAUACGGACAAGCAUGACUACGAACCUGCAAGUCAUACAAUCAUCUGUAUGGAUGAAGUACAGGCCACUUUACACCUUCCUGCAACGGCACGCACCCAACGUCGCACACGAGGUGCAGCGUGCGUACGCCGCCGCCGUCCGUACUUAUUUUGAGACCGGGUUCAGGCGCUACCUCAGAGGCCUGAGCUGGAUCAAGGCCCGGACAAUAGAGAGAGCGGACAACAUUGCCCAUGCUCCCGGCGAGUCCCCAGACCCAGAAACGGACCCCACACGUCUAUCGUACGCUCGUGUAGACGGUCCAAGUGUUGUCAUGGCGUACAUGGCAGACGACAAGAACCAUAAAGAGCCUCUGGAAGCUCUCGUCCGCUCGGCGUUGCUUGUCCUCAUGGAUAACGCGACUGCAGAGUACUCCUUUAUCACGACGUUCUUCGCCCACGAGCCUCGGCCGUCGAUGCAGAGCAAGGACUCGAGCGGGUCCAUCAUGUCUCCCCCACUCCUGUCGCCGACAAACGGCGAGUUCGAGGACAUGCGCUCCAAUCCGGGAUCCGACUUCGGCGGCGAGAGCGUGGCGCCGCGCAAACGGCUCACCAGUAUCACCAGCGUCAUGAGCACAGGCCCGCAAGAGCCGUCCGCAAAGGAAGAGCUCGCGGCGCUCAACACGCUCUGGAAGCAGGUCAUGGACCCCGUCCUCGACUACUGUCAGACGUUCAUCCAGAACGCGCUGGAGCCCGCGCCGCCCGUCGUCGUGCUGCUGACCAUGAUCCGCCUCACCGAGGACGUCGUCGCUGAGGUGCAGCGGCGCAACUGCGGCCCGCUCGAGACGUUCGUGUUCGCCAUUCGCCUCAAGAUGUGGCCCGCGUUCCAGAAGCUCAUGGCGGACCACAUCGACUCGCUCAAGAAAUUCGCCGAGGGAGCGUCCGCGGGCUACUUCCGGCGGGGCACGACGACCGAUGCUGCCGUUUCAAGUAUCUGCAAGCGAUACGUCGCGGUGUUCAACUCGUUCAUUGCGCUCACUGAUCAGGCGGAAGAAACGAUGAUUUUCUCCAACCUCUUGCGCCUGCGCCAGGAGCUAUCGAAGCUGAUCGUGACCCACACGGACAAGCAAACCGACCCCGCGGCCAAAGCACGCGCGCUGUGCAAGUUUUAUGAGAAGCUGCUCCAGGGGCUCAGCAACGGGCCUCACCCGACAAGCCAUCCCAAAGCGCAGAGCGAGCUCGCAUACUGGCGCCAACGCGAUGAGGAGGCACGCAGGCGCGUCGCGUCGACGCAUGCAGGCCGCAGUUAA